CAGCAGAAGAGAAAAAAUGUUUCGAAAUGUUACGAUUUUGCGUGGUUUUCUACGAUUUACUGCAGGAUCUAAACCAUAUAAUUUGAUGUCAUGUGUCGGAUACAAAAGCCAAUAUAGCAUAGAUAAAUUAUAUCCGAAUAGCAACCUUAAUUAUGGAUCAGAGUCGUCCUCUGCAGUGAAGGAAAAGGAUCCAAAUGAUGAGUUCUCUGGGUGUAUACCAAUAGAUCAGGUUGAUGUCUCUUAUUGUAGAAGUAGUGGACCAGGUGGACAGCAUGUCAAUAAAGCUGAAACUAAAGUUCAAGUUAAAUUCAAUAUUGAAAAAGCUGAUUGGAUACCUUCAUGGAUAAAACCAAGGCUUUUUGAAAAGGAAAGGGGAAGGAUCACAAAAGGUGGUGUGUUUAUGGUGACUUCUGACAGAACGAGGAAACAAAUUUUGAACCAGGCUGACUGCUUCGAUAAGAUCAGACAGGCCAUAAGAGAGGCAGCAAUAAGACCAGCAGAACCUUCAGAAGAGGAUGUUGCAUUAAAGAAUAGGAGAUUAGCAAAGGCAAAACAGAGGACUUUAAAGGAAAAAAAGUUGCAUUCAUUAAAAAAGCAAAGUCGACAAGCCCCUGGUGUUGGAGGUGUAUGAUGUUCAUAAGCUUCUAGCUGUUAAUUAUAAUAUUGUAAAUAAAGUUUAUAUGAAAAUUUUCA